CACAGGAAGUGGCUCCGAGGCGCCUGCGCGGUGGGUCCACGGUAAUUUGGGCCGUUUCCUCCACCGGCGUGAGGGUAUUUCGGCCCUUGGGGUUUCUGGGCGCCGCGGCUCGCCUUUGCCACCUCCGCGCCCGAGCGGGUUCGCAGGCUCCCAAGUCCUUCCCGCUGCCCGCCACCGGCUCCCUGUCGCGGCGUGACUCUCAGGCAAGUGUCUGUUAAAUAGCAGCCGCCUUGGCCCUGGCUCCCUGCCGAGCGCCGGGUGUUUCUUAGAGUCCAGACCGCCCUCUGUUCUUGGAGCUGACAUUUUCCUGGGGAAGAGGUUGAUGGCACACAAUACUAGAUCGUGACAGGUGCUACGAAGAAAACAGGGUGGUGUUAUCCGAGGUUGCAUAUGUUAAAUCAGGACGGCAGUGGAGCCUCUGAGGAGGUGACCUUUUUGGAAAAGGGCCAGAAUGAGUCUGUUUGGAACCACCUCGGGUUUUGGAACUAGCGGGACCAGCAUGUUUGGCAGUACAAGCACAGAUAACCACAACCCCAUGAAGGAUAUUGAAGUAACAUCCUCUCCUGAUGACAGCAUUGGUUGUCUAUCUUUUAGCCCACCAACCUUGCCCGGCAACUUUCUUAUUGCAGGAUCGUGGGCUAACGACGGGGAAAAUGAUGUAAAAAACCAGAAUAUUCAGAGAAGAAAGGUUCGCUGCUGGGAAGUUCAAGAUAGUGGACAGACUAUUCCAAAAGCCCAGCAGAUGCACACGGGGCCUGUGUUAGAUGUCUGCUGGAGUGAUGAUGGGAGCAAAGUAUUUACAGCAUCAUGUGAUAAAACUGCCAAAAUGUGGGACCUCAACAGUAAUCAAGCAAUACAGAUUGCACAGCACGAUGCUCCUGUGAAAACCAUACAUUGGAUCAAAGCACCAAACUACAGCUGUGUGAUGACCGGGAGUUGGGAUAAGACUUUGAAGUUUUGGGAUACACGAUCAUCAAAUCCUAUGAUGGUGUUGCAGCUCCCUGAGAGGUGUUACUGUGCCGAUGUGAUCUACCCUAUGGCCGUGGUGGCAACUGCAGAGAGAGGACUGAUUGUCUACCAGUUAGAGAAUCAACCUUCUGAAUUCAGGAGGAUAGAAUCUCCACUGAAACACCAGCAUCGAUGUGUGGCUAUUUUUAAAGACAAACAGAACAAGCCGACUGGUUUCGCCCUGGGAAGCAUCGAGGGGAGGGUUGCUAUUCACUACAUCAACCCCCCAAAUCCCGCCAAAGACAACUUUACCUUCAAAUGUCACCGCUCGAACGGAACCAAUACUUCAGCCCCUCAGGACAUCUACGCGGUAAACGGGAUCGCAUUCCAUCCUGUCCAUGGCACUCUUGCCACUGUGGGAUCUGAUGGUAGAUUCAGCUUUUGGGACAAAGAUGCCAGAACGAAACUAAAAACUUCAGAACAGUUAGAUCAGCCGAUAUCGGCUUGCUGCUUCAAUCACAAUGGAAACAUAUUUGCGUAUGCUUCCAGCUACGACUGGUCAAAGGGACAUGAAUUUUAUAAUCCCCAAAAGAAAAAUUACAUUUUCCUGCGUAAUGCAGCCGAAGAGCUAAAACCCAGGAAUAAGAAGUAGUGGCCGGAGACUUCUGGGUUGUCCAGAGCUGUUUCCUCUCCACUCUGCCUCGUCUUUGUAUGGAUUUGGGUCCCAGUGUUUGGUAGGUUUUCAGCCCUGGAUGUGGAUUCCAAGCCCCGGAGAAAACAGUGUCCUUGAUCAGCAGUCAGGAACCCCGUCGGCCACGGUGACUGUCCUUCUCUCCAUUCCACUGCCUGUUAACAGAUUUCUUCUGUGACUCACGGGGUUUGAAAUAGAUUCUAGAAGUUAGAUUCCUGUGGGCAACUGCCAGGUAUUUUGCAGUGCUUCAUUCAGCCAUGUACGUAUUCGAGAACGUUGGGAAACAUUCUGUGAACACUGUACUGUAUUUUGUAAUAAAAUAUUUUGAAGAUUCCCUACUAA